AGCACGCCCUUCCUCGCGUCUGUAGUUUUCGGAAAGUACCGUACUGUUUCUCUCUCUCUCUCUCGCGCGCGCGCUCCCUCGCCUGUGAUUGGUUACGCAGUGUCUGUACGGUAGCUACAGUACUGAGCGCUAACAGCCGUAUUAUCUCAUCCGGGGUUUCCGUGUGGGGAUUUUUCCGCCUACGUCAAUAGAUCAGUGAGCCAUUUUAAGUCACAGGAAAAGAAAGGACGUCGACAGGAGCCAACUGUCUACAGCUUCAUUUGUCGACCUUAUGUGGUAACUGCACUACUGAAGCAAAGGGGUUUCUCCUACCAAAUCAAACCUCUGUCUUUCAAGGAACAUAUUUUUAUUUCAAAAUUAUAUUAAAACUUUUCACAUGGAUACGUAAACUCCACCAUAAGGGAUGUCAGCAGGGAGAAGGCCUUUAUUUACCACAUCCAGGAAGUCUACUACCAUAGGGUUUGUCAUUAACACACGAUGCCUUGUUUAAAGUUUAGCUCGUGUCUGGGUUGGUUUGUUGUAUUUGUUAAUGAUCCUGGGUGAAGGCAGAUAGCAGACAUAGACGAUCACUCAGUUCAGUUUAUGUUCAAUCACUUUUUUGUACAUGAGCUGUUUGUUUUCUAACACCUGUGUGGGGAUUUCAGUUUGCUUUUAGAGGUCAUGAGCAUCCUUAUUUUUAUGUCAUUCCAUCACAGAUGGUAGUUUGGAUUGUUACUGACAAAAUACACUGGUGUUGGAGUUUGGUUUGGUGUAAACUCUGUUUAAGUCUAAGGAGAGCUGGUUUCAGAUGUGUUAUGACAGUCAGGGAAGUUCCUUAUUAAAGGGAAAAGAAAAGGGAAAUGUUCACCCCAUGACUAGUCUACAGUCUUGUGGAGAUGAUCACAAGUUACAAUAGCUGUUUAAUGUUCUUUUGUCAUCUUUGUUUAUAUAUCAAGCUAAGUUCAUUGUAAUCACACACACGUGUAGUCACCAUCCUGGGUGUGAUAAUUAAAGCCCUUCUCCCUGAGGACAUCCCUCUUUUCCUCUUUAUAAUGGAAAUUCUACAAAAUAGUCCUUUUCUAAGAAGUCUGUGCCGUACCAGUGCGCCAGCAGACCUACAGUAUGAUAACACGAGUGAACUGUUUCGUAUUUCGACCUUUGCAAAGUUCCCCUCUACGGCACCGGUGACUGAGAGAAGCCUGGCCCGUGCUGGGUUUUUCUACACUGGCAUAGGUGAUCGGGUUCAGUGUUUCCGCUGCAACGUGACGGUUGACAACUGGCAGUCGGGAGAAUGCCCAGCCGAGAGGCACAAGCAGAUGUCGCCCAACUGCAGCUUCAUUCAGAGCUUGCCUUCCACCGCCAAUCUCCUGUCCUCCUCCCAUUCAGCCUUCUCACCUCUCCGCAAUGCUACUAUCCUGCAAUUGAACCUUCCUGCAGCCACUUCAGCUUCAGGCCAGACAGAUGAGCAAGCUGGUUACCUGAACAUGAGCAACCUUGCCCCCUCCAGCCCUCUCUCAUCUCGUGGAGUGGAAGACAUGUCCCAUCAGAGGCCACCUGCUUGCCACAAUCCCAGCAUGCGGCGUGAGCAGGAUCGCUUGGACACCUUUCAAAACUGGACUCUUACCACGAUCACUCCUGCAGAGCUUGCCAAGGCUGGUUUCUACUAUCUCAGCCAGGGAGACAGAGUGGCUUGCUUCAGCUGUGGUGGGCACCUGAGCAACUGGGAGCCCGGAGAUAGGGCCGUAUCUGAGCACCAGAGGCACUACCCUAAUUGCCGCUUUGUGAGAGGUGACCGAGCUGAUAACAUCCCUAUAGCUGGUGGUUUGGCCAAUGUGUCCAACCCAGCAAUGCAGCAGUGUGAAGAAAGGCUGCUUACAUUUGUCAACUGGCCUGCAAGAAUACCUGUCCGACCAGACCAGCUGGCCAAGGCUGGUUUUUAUUACGUUGGUCGUAACGACGAUGUAAAGUGCUUCUGUUGUGAUGGAGGACUCAGAUGUUGGGAGUCAGGGGAUGAUCCUUGGGUUGAACAUGCUAAAUGGUUUCCCAGGUGUGAGUACCUUUUGCAAGAAAAGGGGCAAGAGUUUGUUCAUCAGAUCCAAGCCAGAUUUCCAAGAUUGUUUGAACAGCUGUUGAACAAUGGGGACUCAAGGGAAUUUGUUGAUCCACCUGUUGUACAUUUGGGUCCAGGAGAAGAGCGCUCAGAAGAUGCUAUAAUGAUGAACACACCUGUGGUGAAAGCAGCCUUGGAAAUGGGCUUUGAGCGCAGUUUAGUGAAACAGACUGUACAGAGCAAAAUUCUCACCAGUGGAGAAAACUAUAAAACAGUACAGGAACUGGUGUCUGACCUGCUGAGUGCUGAGGAUGAAAAAAGAGAAGAGGAGCGAGAAAUGUUUGCAGAGGAAAUGGCAUCAGAUGGGUUUACUUUUUUGAAGAAGCACCACGCUGCCCUGACACAGCGUUUGAAAAGUGUCCAGAGCCUAAUGGAUCAUUUAUUGGAGGAGAAUGUAAUUUCACAGAAGGAGUAUGACACCAUACGCAACUGCACUUCAGUCAAGCAGCAGACGGGUCAGCUCAUUGAUUUGGUCUUGUCAAAGGGGAAUGCAGCAGCAGAGGUCUUCCGCAACUGGAUCAAAAAGAAUGAUGUGUACCUCUUAAGAGAGCUAAUGGCCCAGACAAAUGAAGCUGUAUCACCGAGUCAAGAUCUUUCAGACUUGCCCAUGGAGGAACAGCUGAGGAGACUUCAAGAGGAGCGCACAUGUAAAGUAUGCAUGGAUAAAGAGGUCAACAUUGUGUUUAUACCAUGUGGCCACCUGGUGGUCUGUAAAGAGUGUGCUCCUUCAUUACGCAAGUGCCCCAUAUGUAGAGGCUUGGUAAAAGGCACAGUACGCACCUUUCUGUCUUAACUGUGCCAAGUGCUUGAGAUACAUACUGUGUGAUAAUUGCAUAUGUUAAAUAGUUCCUGCAUUGGAAGUAGAGAAUAUAAAUAAAGAGCAAAAAUGAAAUGUUUGCUUGAAGAGAAAGUUGUUUUGGAGACUUGGUAUAGAAUUAUUAAACAGUCAUUUGAAA